UGUGAACGCAAGAAGCAGGCUUGAUUUUUUUUUUUCUCCCCCCUUCUCUCUCUCUCCUCCUCUCUCCCUCUUUCUCCUUUCUCACCCGCACUCACGCACACCUCCAAACCGCACACACCAGACGCACACGCACACCCCACCGCCCGGCAGUGAUGUAUUCUCCGCUCUGUCUCACCCAGGAUGAAUUUCAUCCUUUCAUCGAAGCACUUCUGCCCCACGUCCGAGCCUUCGCCUACACGUGGUUCAACCUGCAGGCCCGAAAACGAAAAUACUUCAAAAAACAUGAAAAACGUAUGUCAAAAGAAGAAGAGCGAGCUGUGAAGGAUGAGUUGCUAAGUGAAAAACCAGAGGUCAAACAGAAGUGGGCAUCUCGACUGCUGGCCAAAUUGCGGAAAGAUAUCCGACCUGAGUACCGAGAGGAUUUUGUUCUUACAGUUACAGGGAAAAAGCCUCCAUGUUGCGUUCUUUCCAACCCAGACCAGAAAGGCAAGAUGCGAAGAAUUGACUGCCUCCGCCAGGCAGAUAAAGUCUGGAGGUUGGACCUUGUUAUGGUGAUUUUAUUUAAAGGUAUUCCGCUCGAAAGUACUGAUGGCGAGCGCCUUGUAAAGUCCCCGCAGUGCUCUAAUCCAGGGCUCUGUGUCCAGCCCCAUCACAUAGGGGUUUCUGUUAAGGAACUCGAUUUAUAUUUGGCAUACUUUGUGCAUGCAGCAGAUUCAAGUCAAUCUGAAAGUCCCAGCCAGCCAAGUGAUGCUGACAUUAAGGACCAGCCGGAAAAUGGACAUUUGGGCUUCCAGGACAGUUUUGUUACAUCAGGUGUUUUUAGUGUGACUGAGCUAGUAAGAGUGUCACAGACACCAAUAGCUGCAGGAACUGGUCCCAAUUUUUCUCUCUCAGAUUUAGAAAGUUCUUCAUACUACAGCAUGAGUCCAGGAGCAAUGAGGAGGUCUUUACCCAGCACAUCCUCUACCAGCUCCACGAAGCGCCUCAAGUCUGUGGAGGAUGAAAUGGACAGUCCUGGUGAAGAGCCAUUUUACACAGGCCAAGGGCGCUCCCCGGGGAGCGGAAGUCAGUCCAGCGGGUGGCAUGAAGUGGAGCCAGGAAUGCCAUCUCCAACCACACUAAAGAAGUCGGAGAAGUCUGGUUUCAGCAGCCCCUCUCCUUCACAGACCUCCUCCCUGGGAACGGCAUUCACACAGCAUCACCGACCCGUCAUUACAGGACCCAGAGCAAGUCCACACGCGACACCAUCGACUCUUCAUUUUCCGACGUCACCCAUCAUCCAGCAGCCCGGGCCUUACUUCUCUCACCCAGCCAUCCGCUAUCACCCUCAGGAGACGCUGAAAGAGUUUGUCCAACUUGUCUGCCCUGAUGCUGGUCAGCAGGCUGGACAGGUGGGGUUCCUCAAUCCCAACGGGAGUAGCCAAGGCAAAGUGCACAACCCAUUCCUUCCCACCCCCAUGUUGCCACCACCACCGCCACCACCGAUGGCCAGGCCUGUGCCCCUGCCGGUGCCAGACACAAAGCCUCCGACCACAUCAACAGAAGGAGGCGCAGCCUCCCCCACCUCACCAACCUAUUCGACACCCAGCACCUCCCCCGCAAACCGAUUCGUCAGUGUUGGACCACGGGAUCCAAGCUUUGUAAAUAUCCCUCAACAGACACAGUCCUGGUACCUGGGAUAAAAGUCGCAGCGUCCCACCAUCCACCAGACAGACCACCUGACCCCUUCUCAACUCUGUAACAUGGACGCAUCCUCAACCCAGCGCGGUUACAACUUCACUGUCACUGGAAGGGGAGAAUCAAAUCAACUUGUACAUGGAAACAGCAAGCAUUAUGGUCCAACAGCAAAGGCCAUAACCUUUUGGGAUUUUUUUUUUAAUACUUUAGGAACUGUUGUAAUUUUCUCAUAUGGUGCUGGAAAUGGUUGGGCUUUGUAACAUUUGAAGUGUUUCCGUGGUUGCGUGAGCAUUAGGCAGUGUGGCUAGAGAAGGUCUACCCUUGCUCACUGACUUCCUGUUGUAACACACUUUCUUUACGGAGCCCGCCGUUUCACAGUAUUUCAUGAAUUUACCCAUACUGGUGUGAGCCUCUUUGAGCAAUCAGGAGGCGCUUGGAGAACUAAAUCUUUUGUAGUAGCUGAGAUCUGCAAUAUAUAUAACUUACGGGACAGUCAAAGGGCAAUGUUUUUCUGUAACAUAUUGGAAAAAGAAAUCGCAGUUAUGUUCCUUUUUUGUUUUUUCUUUUAGUUUGGUUUGGUUCAGCAGUCAGCCGUUAACUAGGUAACAUGGCCCGAAAGGACAGUGAAUCCACUCACGUUGCAGAAUAAUUCCAAAAAUGGCAAACUACUACUACUACUAUUCAGUUUUUUAAAAGUUUUGAAAUGCUGCACUUACAUUAAAAAAAAAAAAAAACAUUUUUUCAACAAUUUCAACAAUGACACAAAUUCACGUGGAAAUGGGGAAGAUGGUCUGUUUUGACAGAAACUGACAGGAAUCAAUCAAAACAAUCGAAUUUUGAAUUGAGUAAAGUGCAAUUUCAUUGGAUAGCUAAAUAUCUUUGUAAGAUAGAGAUUGUUGAAAAUUCUAUUUUUGUUUUUCAAGUCCUUCCACCCCGGGACUCUAAAUUAUUGGGGUAAAAAACAGCCUUGCAAGAAAAAG